GCGGCUGCUGGCGCUGAUGGCGGAGGGGCUGGCGGAGGGUCGCGCCGAGGAGGGAGCGUGAGGAGGCGGGGAACCGGAGAGACGGAGAGAGAGAGAGAGAGAGCCGAGGCCCCGGCGGUACCGAGCACCGACACACGGACAGAGGACCGCACCGACCGGGAGGCAGAGGCCCGCGGACCGACGCGCAGGACGCGGGACGCACGGACGCACGGACGCACGGAUGGAUGGAUGGAUGGAUGGAGCGCUCUUCGCUCCAGCCGGUUCCCUACAACAGUUCCCCUUUUACUUACUUCGAUGCAGAACUCAGUACAAACACCUCUGUCUGUUUGCUCGUUAAAAAUCCAUAGAAACCCGACUCCAGUAAAUUGGGAACAAAUGUAUUUUGGUGCUAACAGAUCAGGAAGCGACAGCCACAGGUCCGUGGUUCAGUCCGGCCGUGUUGUAGUCUUGCCGGCGACGAUGCUAACGGUUGCUGAAGAAUUUCACCUGCUCUGAAAAUGUAGAUUAGCUUCAUUUUCAAAGCUACUUGAGCUGAGAGCUAGUAAACCCAACACCUGGCCUCAUCCAGUGGUAACAUUCAGCUAGAAAACAGAUUACUUCAAAAAUGUAGUUGGAAUCGGACCAGGAUCGGGUGUUUAGCAGCUAACAGCUAGUUGGCGCUAGUGGUGAGCAGGUAGCGGUGGCGCCGGGCUAAGUCCGGGGCGGAGCAGGGGUGCGAUGGAGUACCACUCCGGUGGUAGCCUGCCCCUGCUGGGGAGACCACGGUACUGCCCUGGGGCCAACGCUAACGGAGGGUACCUGUGCGAGACGGGACACUGCUGCGGAGAGACUGGCUGCUGCACCUACUACUACGAACUCUGGUGGUUCUGGCUGCUGUGGACCGUCCUCAUCUUGUUCAGCUGCUGCUGUGCCUACCGACACCGUCGAGCUAAACUGAGAGUCCAGCAGCAGCAGAGGCAGAGAGAGAUCAGCCUGCUGGCCUACCAUGGAGCCAACUCCUACCCCUCCUCCAUGCUGGACCUCAGUUUCCUGGCAUCUCUGAAGCUGCCGUCCUACGAGGAGGUGGCAGCUCAGCCCUCCACCCCUCCUCCACCCUACAGCUCUGUGUUCACCACCCCACGCUACCCACAGCCGCCCCGAACCGUCGACCCCCACCUGCUCACGCAACACGACCCUCUGCUGCACCGGCCGCUCAGCGAUGGGCCCUCCUCCCUCAGCUCUGAUAACAGCUCCAGUUGUUCCUGUGACUCCUGCUGCCCCUCCUCUCCAUGUAGCUCCUCCCUAUCAGCACCUGUCACGUACGAAACUGAUACAAGCCACGCCUCCACUCCCAGCGAGGCCGCUCCCCUCACUCUUGAUGUCACCAUGGAAACCAUCACUGCUGCGGCUUCCUGCCUGGAGGUAAAUGAGACACGAAUUGCGUCUGAGAGCGCGGUCGCCACGGUGGUCGUAGACAUCGAUGACACGGAUGCUGUUGGAGCUCAGGAAACCGUCGCCACGGACUCAUCGGUUCCAAACCAGACUGUUACUGUGGCCGUUGUUACCGGGGAGGCCUCUCCGUCCUCUCCUGCUCCUGCUCCUGAGGUGGCCCUUCCUGUUGGAACUGCAUCUUCCAUGAAGCAACAGCUUGAUCUGACAUUGUGUACCAUGGUAGUCAGCACCUGUAGCUCAAGCAUACUCCCUGGUCCAAGUGUUGUCGACACAGCACUACCCACCAUCCCAAUAAUAAACACUGAGGCCCCUGCUGAGGCCUCUCAAAUGUCCCCUGCCCCGAAAACCCCUUCACUGUCAAGUCCUUCUGCUCCAACAGAAAGCACUUCUGACAGACCUACACCAAACCCUACUGUAGAUACCGUCAAUCUUACGAGGACUUUUGAUACGGCCAUCGUUCCUGGUGGCCCAACCAUAGCACCUUCCCCAGAUGUUGAAAGAACGUUGGCCCUGCUAACAGGAUCUGCUGGUCUCGCAACCCUGGACCCAAAUUUCAGCCUUGUGCCAAUCCCAGUACCUUCAAACCUUACCCAAGCUCCAGACCCAGUGCCUACAAACCAAGCUGGAGACACAAUACUUACAAACUAUAUCCAAUCUCCAGAAGCAGUACCCACAAACCCUUCCCUUCUUUCAGACCCCAUAACUUCAAACCUUUCCCAAGCCCCUGAGCUAGUACCUUCAAAACUUACCCCAGUGCCAGACCCACAGACUAAAACUACCCUUGUUCCAGAUUGCACAUUUAACCCUGUUCUGACUUCUGCACAUUCAAAACUUACCCUAGCCACAGAUGCAGCACCCACAUUAUCCCAUUGCCAGAACCCAGAGCUGUCGCCUGAGUCAGGUUUAACGCCGGUUCCUCCCAGCCCAGUACCAGACUUGCCCCAAAUCUCAGGGGCUGUAGCUGUUCUUGCAUCUUGUCUAUAUCGGGAUGCAGUGGCAGCUGAACGGGGUCCUUGUGUGGUCCUGACGCAUUUCUCGGAGUCAGACACUAUUGGUCCAUUAAUGUCAAAUAGCCAAGGUUUAUGUUCUAGAUCUGGAACAAUGUCUGCUCCCGCCCCAGUACUCACCGUCCUAACACCUCCCUCGUCCUGCCCAGCCAUAACCAUUGAGUGUGAAUCUUAUUUUCCUUCUUCUCAGUCGCCCCCUUCCUCCCCAUCCUCCCUUCCCUCUCCUCAACUUCCCCCCUCCCCUCCAGCUCUGCCCUCCACCUCCCUCACAACCCCAGCUUUACUCCUGGAUCCACUCACUGCUCUGCACCAGUCUGACAAAGGUGGAUCAUCGUCUUGCCACGCUUCCUCACUCUCCCCCUCACCUCGUGCCACUCAGUCGCCUCCAAAGCAGACUCUCUUCUCCCCCUGUGUGGAUGUCUUCGAACCAGUACCUCCCAACUGGGAGGAUGGCGAAGAGGAGCAGGAGGACGAGGACAAUGAUGAUGAAGAUGACGACAUGGGAGCCGAUGAGAGCCAGUAUAGACAUCGACGACUGACUGGUGACUCUGGAAUCGAGGUUUGCAGGUGUCGGGUAGAGAAGGAGGACGAGGAGGAGGAGGAGGAGGAAGAGGAGGAGGAGCAGGUGGAGAGGAAGGAGGACAGUAGGAGAGGAGGAGGAGCAGGGGAGCGGGAUAAAAAAGGAGGUGGAAACACUGAUCUCCAUGACAGCGUUGAUUGCCCUGACAGAGGUCAGAUAACCACGGGGGAGGAACUGACACUGUGCGACCCCACGUCCUCCACCACGCCAUCGUCGGAGGACAGUGGUAAAGUCGUCAUUGUCAUGGAGACGGUGUGAUUGACAGAAGUGGGAGGAAUAAAACCACGUCGUCAUCCAAACAAGGGAUGAAGAGAAAGCAAAUGAAAACUGUUUUUUGGAGAUCGUCGAGUCCGGGGAAACUGAUGAGUUACAUCAUAUCAAUUAAUGUGGCUUGUUCAGCAGCUGUUGGUCAGACCAGCACAGGUAUUGGAUGUGUCAUUGGAGGAGACCCAACGGGAAGCAUUUACUCAACUCAACACUGUUUAUUCAACCGUGCAUUGGAAUUUCAAUUGGCCCUGGUGAGUUCAAAAGGAGAAGAGGCGUUUACUCAGAUUGCAUCCGCGUGUUGAUAAAGUUUAACAACUUCUGCACUACAGACCUGAACAGAGUCCCACUGUGGAGUUGUCUGUUCAUGACGAAUGUUUUUAUCUCUACCGGAGGUUGAAAUAGCUUGUUGCGAUGUGUCAGUUGAUUCAUUCAGUAAAGUUCCAGUUAGUCUGGUAACAUAGAUUCGUUUAUGGAGGUUGAGAUGACAGUUCUCUGGUUGGCACUUCAGAAGAGUUGGUCAAAAGUACCCUGUGGAGAUCUAGUCGAUCGUUUGAAACCUGAAAAAAUGUAGAAUUUUUAAAAAUUCUUGGCUCACGUCCCAUCCAUCCCGAAGUUCAGUAGAAUUGGAUCAUCCCGCUAAAAACAAACCAACAAUCAAAUUGACAAAGUGUCUUGGUCCAUUCUUAAUCUUAACGGUUGAUCAGUAUAAUUUGGGAAAUCAAGGGGUGUCAUGAAAGCCAGCAUACACAAUAUGUAUCAUAUGUACAAUCAUGUACACGUACAUACGUGUGUGUGUGUGUGUGUGUCCCAACUGAAAUGGGAACUAAUGGUCAAAAAUCCACAGGGUACCUUCAACCUGAAAUACAAGUCAUUAAAAACUCACUAACUAACCGCAGAGUUUAAGAGACGCUAAGUUGCAAACCUUUCUGUAUACAAAAUCAACGAUGACGGGAUUAUGUAGAUCCCAGUCAGACUAAGACACAAAUUGACCAUCAGCCAGUCGCCGUUCAGGUCUGUUGACGAAUAUAAACGCAGUCUGUUAUUCACAAAGCUAAUCCUUUGGCCACGUCUUGACGGAGUGAUCAGUGAACAUUACGUCAACAUCCAUGUCGUAAAAUAAAACUCAGAGACUGAUCUUUAUGAAAGCUCCCAUUGAUCUAACUCUUGCACCUAAUGCAGAAGUGACAUAACAAACAUAUACAUGCAACAGCUCGCAGAAUUUGCCGUUUGGCGCAAAUAAAUUGUGAUAUUAUGGAUUUACUGCUGCACUGACCAUGUCCCUCGACCAGUUCUGCAGCAAUAGAAACGUGUUGAGUUGUCAUCUUGACGUGUCGCUCACAAGUCGUAAGCAUCAGAAUCAUUCACAUCUGCCUUCAGUCCCACGCGGCAUGAACACGUUGCCUUAGGAUGCGUCACACCUCUGACAGAAAUAAUAACGUCGUCUGUAUUACGUCCGUCACCGACAAGAAAAGAACAACUUUAAAUAGUUGAACAUUUUACAGAGGUCUCCCUUGCUUGUCUCGGCGAUGACGGGGGGUUUGGAAACGUUCCGCGGACAAAUCGGCUGUUUUUGGAAAUGAAGACGUUGAUGUGGGCGGAUGAUUCACUGUGACUGACAGAGGGAAGACUGAUUCAUUCUCUAGGGACAACGACUUGACGAUGAAGUCUGUCGGGAAAGAUGAGUUAGAUGGGUCGUUUUUUCAAAUGGGAGAGACAGCUCUUCAGAUUUGAUGUCCAUGGCAUCUUGAUAGCAUUCGGAGGGUUUCAUGGUGGGGGGGGGGGGGGUUGGGGGGUCAGUCGGUUUCCUGUGCGUCGGCCCUUAAGCAGAGAAAAGCUUUUUUAUAAAUAGGAAUAAACAAUGGCGGCUGUUAGACAGAAACAAAGCACCAAACAGAACAGAGACAGGGGCACGUCAUCGCCCUCGUCUUUGUCUCUUCUCUCUGAAUUUGAAGUCAGAUGCAACAGGGCGGCGGCGGCGUCACCACAAAGCUACUUUCAGUCCCUGUCUGAACUGUGACAUCACCUCACUCCAGACACCUCCCCCUUUUUAAACUUUCAGAAUCCUUAAUUAUACUGAUUUGUAAACUUAAUGGACAUCAUCAUUCACAAGAUCUUUUGCGGUCUUUAGAAAUGACCGUAACCUCACUCGUGUUUGAGAAGCCGAGUCAUUAGAAUGUAUUUUUAGGCCAUUGUUGUAACAUAUUAAUGUUUCGAACGCGGUCAGAUUGAUGGGCGUGUCGAUGUUGACAUUUUGUGACAGAAAGACUUAAAGGUAGAGUAUAUUUUGUCGACGACAAGAGUGUUAGUAACAUUUGUAUUGUACAUGCUGGUGAAUUUCUAACCACCUUAGAAUCUGAAUUAGUGAAGAGCAAUAUUUUUCAUCAGCGAGAGUCUGUGUGUAAAUAGUUGCCUGCAGAACAUUCAGGACUGCAACUGCUGGAAGGGUCGACAGCCAGACAACACAUCGCCAUUGUUGGGUGAAAACCUGGUUUCUCCGGUCGUGUUUUCAUUUGUUUGCAUCAGUGUCACAAAGAAAACUGCUUCUCGGAGAUGUGAAGUUUUGACCCAACAACAGCAGUUAGUAGGAUUGUAAAGGCUGGUGACGAGUCAUUUCCAACACACGAGAUGAAGGUAUGCUAACACACAGUUGUAAUAGUUUGUUUUUUCUUGUAGAAACUAGAAUCUGACUUAGUAAGAGCUCAGCCUCCGCCAAGGGCGCAACACUCCUCUUAUGAAGCCCCGUUUUUCCAGCUUGUCAUGUGUUAGAAAGUUUUGCAGAUGUGUGUCGAUUCAAACAAGAUGUUGAAGUGUGUUGGAAAAGACACUGACGAGAGGAAGGAUGUCCAGCGAUGUUCUCAGAUUGUACCGGCAGAUGAUUGCUUGAACACAUUCUACAAAGUGGGAACGUUCAAAGUGGGAUGUCCCAUUCGGACUGGAUUAACACCUCUAGGUGAACGGGGCCGUCUUCGUUGUUUACAAAAGUUGCUGCUCUACGCCUCACGGUAUGAGCCCCGCCCAUUAUCAGAUGAUCGGUUGUGAUUGGACCUGCAAGAUUUCUGCCGGUGGGAAAUCCCUUUCCAAUGGAGGGGAUCCAGACCGAGUCUGGUAGAGCAAAUAAAAUGAGCUCCCAGAGGUCAUCUGGGUCCCAGGCUACAUUAGCAGCUCUUGUUUGCAGUGAACCCGUAGAUGUACCGUCAUCCAUCACUCGAUCAACUUUAAUAACGUCCUCGAGACGAGUAAGUCACACAGAGAAUGCAAUGUUGAAUGUCUGUUACAAAGCAUAGUCUGAGAUUUCACCAUAACACGCCGUCCAUAACGACGGGUCAAAUGACAAAAGAGCAAAGUGAAUAUUUCGUCCCCCGCCCCCUUCCUUGUUUUGUUAAUCCAGUCCGAAUGGAGCGCAAAACUGUAAAGACGAGGGUAUCUUGAGGCAAUAUCGUUCAGCAAGAGAGUGAUGUUCUCAGGUCCCUGUGCAACUGUGGCCACCGCUGUGGUGCAGUGGUCACCAGAUGAUUGUUUCUGUCAUUAAUUCAGCCUUCUCCGAUGGAAAGACCUCGAGUCUGAUCGAACGAUCCUUAAACCCUGUGUCCAUGCUGCAUUACAACACAGACUUGUCUCAAAGGGACAAUGGGUACGACUUUGCUGACAGAGGUACCCAUGAUGGACAAAGCUACAUUGGACUUCACUACGUCAAAAAAAAGAUCCUGCCAUGGAAAGGACGUCAUUUCAAAUGGAAAUGGACAGCGGGAUGUUUUGUUGACAGUUUGGAAAUCGAUGUGCACAAGAUUGGAUUCAUGGAUAAAAACAAUCCAGUCCUCUUUUUCUAAACCUCUGUGGGUAAAUUCGCAGACAUAGGAAUCUGGUUUUGAGCCGAUCCGGGAGCUCAAGCAGAUGAUCUGAUGACGAACUGAUCAGUCUGAGACUGAACGUCCAAAAACCUUGUUCGGUUGAAUCCUGGCAAAAUUCGCGGAUGCGGACUGAGAAUGACGAGUUCUUGGCGGCCGAGGGACCUCGAGAAAGCUCCAGAGCGACACCGCGAGCCGUUGAUGUUGUGGUCGAUGUUGUGGUUGAUGGUGUUUUUUGUUUACCUGAACUAAUAAGGUUAUAUAUCUCCAUGGUUACAGAGUGCCAUUUCUACUUGACAACUGUUACUACUUAGCAUUAGACUGAGCCGUUCUUGCUCUGUGUGGGUGUGGUCUUUCGACCAGAAUGACUGGAGAGAUGUCUGAAAUCUGUGUGUAGCUCAGGUUCCCAAAGGCUCCGGAGCUCUCAGAUCAGCCUCACGGGGGCAGUGCAGCAGGUUUCGAUGUGUCGUCUGGGAUUUCAUUGAGGAUUUUGUCCAAAAUCAACUCACAGUUCUGUGGAGUGUCGACAUUUGUACCGAUGGUCUACGCAGAAGGAAAGUUGGGCAUCAAAAAAAUCUACAGAUUUUCUUGCGCCAAUGUCAAGCUCACUUCUGCCAGGUACAUGGUAGAAGGUCCUGUCUCUUGGCUGGAGGCAUCAUGGGAAAUGUAGUGAAUCUGUAGUAGAAGUAGGUGUGACCUUGUCAGAACUCCUACAAAGGGAUGAUACACAACGGUGCCAAAAGGAAAUAGAAAUUUGUGGCAUUCGUUAUUCUCCAUGUCUCUUAGUGGGUACAGCAAGGCACUAACAUUGCCAAUGGUUGGGGGUUCAACUCCUGCUGAGGUUCCUGACACUCACAGUGUCAACACUCGUGGCGCUGUGAGGCACUUUGGGGUAAAAUCUUCAAUCAAAUGACUGAUGCAAGCGUAGACGAUCUCCCGAGGCUGAUGUCAGGGCCGAGCUAACAUUUGGAAACCCGAUGUUUUUCUCCCUUUUUUUGAGUUGUUCUAGUUUUUCAUCAAAUGUCGGUGGAUGAAAACAUUGAAAUGUGUGUGUCCAGAAUGCAUCUGUAACAUCUGUAAUCGACUACUUGUAAUCUUUAAAGGCUCAGACGAGUGCUCAUCAACCAAUCCACUGGUGAUAACUGGGACAACUUACGAUGUCUGAAAAACCAAACAAACAUUGUUUACACCAACUUGUUAAGGUUGGUAACAUUAACCGCACGACUAAGUCAAUACACUCAACGACUGGUCAGUAACUAGAGCUGUCCCAAACGAUUUUGUUUCAAACGAUUAAUCUAGCGAUUCUUUUUUCUUUUUUUGUUCGUGCUGCAGCUCGUGCUGCUGCCGCUGCCGGUCCUAUCACUUACUGCCGCCAUGUUGUUGUUUGAUUUCUUCUUCUUCCUUUUUAAACAAUGGCCUCUAUAUCGAUUGGCGACUAGCUUUUUGGUGCAUUACCGCCACCACUGGACUGGAGUGUGGGACAAGAGUUAAUCUAGUUGUUUGGGGCGACUCAUCGACGCAAAUUAUUUGAGUCGCCAAAUUUAUGUAGUUGAUUACGUCGACUAUGUCGACGAGUCGUCGCAGCCCUAUCAGUAACCGCAGGAGUUCUGGAGGGACAAGACUCCGCAAAUCCUGCGAGUGCUUGUACCUAAACAAACACGAGGAUCUCGCCACUCUUGUGUUCUUUGGGCAACACACGGUUGACAUCCCCAGAUAAAAAAUAUUACAUAUACAACCCAUUCAUUCCUCUUUUUUUUUACCAUAUUGGCUCCUUGACCAACUUUCACUUGUCCCACAAGCCGAUUGGAAGCAACUCCGCCUUUGGGUGUUUGACAAAUUAUUUGAUUUACUACAACGUCGGUAUGUUUCUUCUGUUGUAGAAGCCCCUCCCCCUCUGUCCUCGUCAUCUGUUCUCUUCUCGCCUUCCUUGUUGCAUGAUGUUUCUGUCCGAGGAGUCGGAGGGAAGCAGAGAAGAGAUUAGCCUUUAAAAUCCCUUAAUAUGACGAUAACUGCUAAUUAUUAGAAUUAUCUAAUGAAUAGAGCGUGUGUGUGUGGAUGUACGUGUGUGUGUGUGUGUGUGUGUGUGUGUGUGUGCAUUAACUAAACCAGCCUGUUCUAACAGUGUGUGACGGUAUACUGAAUAAAACUGUUAAAUCCUC